CACUCGGCAGUCGGUACUCGUCACUCGGCAGUGUGAUUGCAGUUUUCACGCGCGGCGCACGUAUCGUAGUGUAGUACAGUUUGCCGACGUUCGUGUAACUUCGUGUAAUUCACCGCUGUCACUCGCGCCCCACCUGUGCCCGACUCUAUUCUCCGGCUUCUUCAGUGAAGCCACCGCUCCUGUGUGCUUUGUCUAGCACCCGGCACGGUGACGGCUCGGACUCGUAAUGGUGCACGGGGAGGGGGAGGGGUCAUGGGCGCCCCCCUACUGGCCACGCUCGCGUGCCUGACGCUGCAGCUGACCGCGACACGGGCGGACAUCGUGUUCAGGGUGCCGACAGUUGUGGUUCACCCGAUAUCAGUUGCAAAGCGCGUCGGUAUUGAGUCCAGCAAUAGUAGCGGCGGCGGCAAAGGGAAUGGAUCGGAGCCGUGGGGCGCGGCCGAGCUUGAGCUCCGCUACGAGGAGUACUUCGUGGAGCAUGACGUGUCCACAGUAGAGGCCCGGACUGCCGCAGCGCUACUGCGGUUGGACGACAUCCCGGUGUCGCCGGAGGGGUGCGGCGAAUGCACGCGGCGGGAGAUGGAGUACUGCGAGACUCGCGUGCUUGCUGAUCACUGUUGCUGCGAGCGACGCUUCCUGCCCGAGCCGUUUCCCUGGCUGCCGCACACCUGCUACCUGGGCCCGCGCCGCUGCCGACCGCUAGCGCAUGACUGCGUGCGCUACGUGCGCUUGCGAGAUUGCUGCUGCUACCGUCACCUGGCUGAACGAUGGAAGGGCAUCCUGUCGCGGUCGGGGCGCACAGUGGUGGGCUGGGUCGUGCUCCUGGCCACCUCACUGCUCAUGUACGUGGCCUACUUGUGACCAGCGCCCGCGCGAGCCGCCCCUCGAGCGCCCGCGCACGUCUAAGUCUAUCCAGUACCGACCUCGUGACGUCACUCCAAGACGCCAACAGCCUGCUGACAUCGGCAAAGACAGCUUGAAUGGAAUGAGACCAGCACACCUACAUAAUAUAUAAUGUAAUAGAGUCUAGCUCAGUGUUAUCCAAUCUGUGAGUCGCGACCCCUAGGGGGGUCGCCGGCAGAAGCAAAAAGGCAAUAAAAACACAAUUUUAGGGAUAAAGACUUGUUAAUUUUCAAAAAUUUCUCAAUUCGUGAUGCCAUUUUUGAAAUGUCAAAAAUAAUCGAAUAAAAAGUCUAUUUCUCUUUUUUUCCGUGGUCGGCGGAAUAUUUCAAACUGUAAUGGGGUCGCGAGAUAAAUAAUAUUGAAAAGCACUGGUCUAGCUGAUGUAGGUGUAUCUAUUCAAUGUGGUUCGUCCCUAGAUGACGUCACAGGAUCUCAACACAAGAAACAAAGCAGCACGCUCUCCAUGCACAUUUUUUCACUGUUAUAAAAUUUAAGUUGUACCUACUAUAAUAUAGGAUAAUACCAUUAAGGUAUAUUCAAUAUAAAUAGUAUAAUAGUUUACGUCACGUAAAAGGAGCACUGGCGCUUUAUCUGCGAAAUAGUAAUUUACCGAACAAAUUGGCGGUAAAUACGAGGUGCGGAGGGGGGAGAUAUGCGGCAUGUCGUUGGCAUCGCGCUAUUGGUCGAGACGGUGUCAGUGCUAUACAAAUACAGUCGCAUACAAAUUUUGUACCCAAUGGUUUAGUAUUUAACAAUUAAGAAACGAAAAUGAUUAACAUUUUCAGUCCUUUAUAAAAUGAAAAUGGUCCUUUUUUAUUCAUUCUCAUAUUUUCAUAAGUAAUAUGGCGGCAAUAAUAAUUAUUUAUGUCGAACAUAACUAACAUUCAAGAUGGCCGAAACUACCAAGCCGUAAUUAUAUAUUUUAGUAUUAUGCAAAUGGAGGUUUGUUGCUGCAUCGAGAUAUAGUGUACUCCAAUAGUUACAUAUACACCUGGCGUACAAACAGAAAAGUAACACAUAUACACAACAUAAUUGUGCAAUAUUCCAACAGCUCUGAACCCGCAACCCGUUACAUCAGACACGAAAAUUUCUCAAGUGGAAUCGUCAACCUUUAUUCGUAUAUGAAGAAACAAGCUGAUAGCGAAACAGUUAAUGUCUUUAGCAUUCAUUGUUUUUGUGAGUUCUUAAAUGAAAGUAACAAAAAGGUAGAGAUAAUGUUGACACACCUUCCAUUACAUUGUAAUGGGUAUUAGUGGAUUUGGUAAGUGUUGAUAUGGUUUUAGUUUGUAAAGCGGCUUUAGUACAAUUCAGUGUAGCCCUGUUUCACUGCGACCAAUGUGCUCUAUUGAAAUAGCUCACUGCUAAGAUUGAUUCUUUUCAUGAAUCUUAUUAUAUCUUUUGCAGUGAGCUGACGUAUCUUAAGUGGUUGAAGAACUGGACUUCCCAAAGAGUUGCUAUUUUUACGCAUUAAAGGACCACAUUCAGAGAGGAUGUGUAACGGGGUUUCAUCUGCACUACUACAGAAUCUACACGCUCUGCAAUAUCUGAGGCCUAAGAUUGAGAGAUGUUUGUUUAAUCUGCAGUGAGCCGUUAGUGUCCUGGUUACAAUGCUGUGUUUCGGUCUGAAGGGCGCCGUAGCUAGUGAAAUUACUGGGCAAAUGAGACUUGACAACUUAUGUCUCAAGGUGACGAGCGCAGUUGUAGAGCCGCUCAGAAUUUUUGGGAUUUUCAAUAAUCCUGAGCGGCACUGUAUUGUAAUGGGAAGGGCGUUUCAAUUACCAUCAGCUGAACGUCCUGCGCGUCUCGUCCUUUGGUUUCAUUUAAAAAAAAAUCCGUUAGUUUUCCCUACCUAACCCUAGUGCCUCAUGUCAUGCCCUCACCUCAUUGUUGAAGGCUUGGAUAAAGGUUUUCGAAUGGGUUAAGCCCAAGAGAAUGGGAUAUUGUUAGUAACAAUAAUAUUUAUGAUAAUCUGUACGUGACUGUAGUCGCAAGCACAACCGCCACCUCUUCCCCUUUAGUGCUCCUUUUACAUGGCGCGAACAAUGUACCAAAGGUUAUCCAAAUCGAAUGAUUUAAAGUUGGUGUGAGUGUGUUUGUAUGUGAUACGACCAUUGUGAGCGAAUUUUAAAAGCAUAAGAGUGUAUAAACCUAAAAUAUAUUUUUAUAACGCUAUCAAAUAGCGAUUAUUUACUGUUUUAUUUUGUUAAAUCGUGGUUUGAUUUUUAUAUUUCCCGACGGUAUGUUGGCACAAAGGUAUGUUUUUGUCGAUUCAAGAUAUUAUGCCCCGAAAGGAAAUUACACGAAAUAUCUAAAUUGAUAAUUUUUAAAUCUGCGAACGCUGACUCACUGAAGUGUCGUGUGAAAUAGUCCGUAUAACACAUAGUGGGAUUUAUUACGGCCGCAUCAUCGGACGGUACGGUGGGCGCAUCGCCAAAAUUAUUGGUCCGGACGGUAAUUUGUUCUAUGUGAUCAUGCCUUAAGGCUUUUACUGGGUUUUGUAAUAAUAUAAGUAGCUAUUACUUAUUUAUGUAUAUUUUGCUACUCCUAAUUUUUAAAAAUUUUGUUGACACUUUUACAAUUAAGUUAAGCCGUUAUGUUAAAGUUAUUUAAUUUUAUUAUUUAUAUUACAGACAGCCAAAGGUGCAUUAUUUUUUAAACAAUCAUUGUUAGUAUUAUUUUAGAUUUUAGUAUCAAAUUAUGCGAGUCAUAGUAUUAGUACAAUAUGAGAGUAAAUUCCACUUUUCUUAGUACUUAUAACAAAGUCAUACAGGUACCUUCUUAGUUGACAAUUAAGACCAAACAGUAUUGUAAUGUGACCAUAGACUUACAAUAUACUAGUGUAUAGACAAAGCCUGCAAGAGAAACGAACAUCUCUUGCGGUAAACAAUUUUAAUUGAAAAGUCGUAAACAAGCCACAAUUAAUUACUAGUGGAAGGCUCCUUUGCACAGGAGGCCGGCUAGAUUAUGGGUACCACGACGGCGCCUAUUUCUGCUGUGAAGCAGUAAUGUGUAAGCAUUACUGUGUUUCGGUCUGAAGGGCGCCGUAGCUAGUGAAAUUACUGGGCAAAUGAGACUUGACAUCUUAUGUCUCAAGGUGACGAGCGCAGUUGUAGUGCCGCUCAUAAUUUUUGGGUUUUUCAAUCAUCUUGAGCGGCGCUGCAUUGUAAUGGGCAGGGCGUAUCAAUUACCACCAGGUGAACGUCCUGUUCGUCUCGUUCCUUAUUUUCAUAUAAAAAAAAAUAACUCCUUAGUAUUUAUAAUAUUCAACUACCUAUCCACUAGUUAACACAUACAUAGACUGAUCAAAAUUGGAAUUAUCGGGCUAUCAGAUCGUCUAUACGCUAGUUAUUCUAACACCCUUAUUCAUAAUAGUCUGCUAACUUAAAGCAUUGCUAAUUCACACUCGGUCUUCUUCUAUUGACCUAAGUCAGAAUGAGAAAAAACACUCCUUAGCGGCUGUUUAAAGUUAGCGGACCAUUAUGAAUAAGGGGGUUAAGUCUAUGAAUGUGACAGUGUAAGAUUAAAUAGAAUGUAUACACUUGGAGAUGUUCUUAACAUAUUUCAGCAACAUUAGAUAGACAUUUUGCACAAUACAAAUGUAAGAUUAUUGUAGCAGUAAAUGUAACAGUAGAAUAUAGUAAUAAUGUGACAUGAACAAGUUACCCAUAUUA